AUGGCGAGGUUCAUCAUGUGCAUUUUAUUUUUCGUAAUCAUCAACGCGGUGGCUUUAAUGCAAUUCACGGCGGCUCAAACGGUGCAUGUUGUGGGGGAUGACUUGGGAUGGACCAUUCCGCAGAACGGUGCCACCGCAUACAGCAAUUGGGCGGCUAGUAAGAGGUUCUUGAUUGGAGAUAUCUUAGUGUUCAACUUCACAACAAAUGAGCAUGAUGUACUACAAGUCCCCAAGGCAUCUUUCGACGAGUGCAGCGACGACAACCCUAUCGGAAACAUGCUCAUCAACGGUCCAGCCAACGUUACCCUCAACACCACUGGCGAACAAUAUUACAUUUGCACAAUUGCGAGGCACUGUGAACUCGGUCAAAGAUUAGCCAUUACCGUCUCCGCCACUUCCAGCUCUCCUUUGCCUGCACCUUCACCUACUACUCCUACAACCCCUUCUCCUACUUCCAAUGAUUGUACACCGGCUCCUACAUCCGGUCCAACAGCUGGCUCGAUACCUGCUCCCAAUGCCACUCCUAAUUCUUCAUCUUCAUCAUCUGUCCUUGCCACUCUGUUGCUGUCCAUAUUCCCCAUUUUCAUGGGUUUAAUUUUCUGAUCUAUAUUGAGGAUCGAGGAUACCAAUCUUCUUAUACUUCAUGAUUAAUUAUUUGUUC